AUGUCUGCAAGCAUAUUAAAAAAAUUAUGGAAUAAGUUAUCCACAGAUUAUCUGUGUUUACUAAAUCAACAAGAAUAUUGUGAUGUAACUAUUAAAGUUGGAACAAAACCAAAUUUUCGUAUUUUUAAAGCUCAUUCUUUAAUAUUGAGAAGUAGAUCUCAAUUUUUUAAAAAUUCUUUAUCAACUUGUUGGAGUAAAAAAGAUGAUGAUGUAUGA